AUGGCAGCUGUCCUUGAUGUCGCGAACCUGGAGGAAAGAUGGACAAUUUGUAAAGUCGAGGACGACCGGAAAUCCGCCUUGAUCGUCGACUUGUUCAACCACGUUGAGACGCUCACUCGCAAAGUCGCUGAAGCUGAGCAGAGCCUGGAAGAGAAGAACAUUUACAUCAAGUCUGUGAAACAAAGUGGUGCCGAAAUGAAGCUGCAGAUUAAUCAGCUUCAGUCCGAGAAGGAUAAAUACUCCUUUUCUUCUGUGGUCAUCGACGGCGAUUGUAUGCCGUUCACCGACGAACUCAUUACUCAAGGAUUUGAGGGUGGCAAGAAAGCAUCAGGAAUGCUGCGUCAAACCAUCUUGAAACAUUUGCCUAUGUUGGACCCUGGCAUGCCACACCAUUCUCAAGUAAUGAUCCGAGUAUACGCCAACCUCAAGGGUCUUGCCAAAGUUUACCAUGAUACACAGAUUUUGAAAAAUGUGGAAAUCUUGAAUGACUUCGUGAGAGGCUUCAAUAUGGGGUCAUCUCUCUGUGAUUUUGUUAAUGCUGGCAACGGAAAAGAAUGCGCGGAUGAGAAGGUUAAAGAAAACUUCGAGCUUGGUCUCAACGACGUUCAUUGUCGCCGAGUCUUGUUAGGCGGAUCAGGCGACAAUGGGUACGCUCGUUUACUUGAGCGACAUCUUGCCGACAACCCCAAGCGAAACAAAAUUGUCCUAAUCGAGGGACCCCCGUUCGAGAGGGAGCUGGCAGAUCUUCAGGUCAGCUUCCAAGCCCUGUCCCUUUCCAGCGUAUUCAGGGCGCAGAAGCUCCCAAGCGUUAAACGACGGGUAUCGUCUCAACUCACCCCUCCGACAACGCCGUCCACGGGCUAUGCAGCCGCUGCUUCGAAAGCUUCCGCUCCAUCAACCUCGGCAACCAGUCAGAUGGACUCGCCGUCCACGACGACUCCAGCACACACGAUGAAUGUGGUGCUUCGCAACAAGGCGGGCGAGCGUGUUGACUCUCCCCUGAGUUGUAUGCCGCAGGACGUGAUUUUGAUGAAAAAUCAGAAAAUGUGCAACAAUUUCCAUCUCCUUGGGGAUUGCCAUUUCUUGAGGAACUUCGGGUCGUGUCAGCAUAAGCAUGGCCCAAAGUUAGAUGGUAAAGAUCUCCAAGCUCUUCGUGCAGUGGCUCGCCAUUCGCCCUGCCUGGCCGGCUUGGAUUGCGACGAUCCGAGUUGUAUUCACGGCCACCGAUGUCCGCGAAGCAGCUGUAGUGUGUCUGGGUGCAAAUUUCCGUUGAAGAUGCACAACACCGACACAGUUGUUGUUCGUCGUGUGGUUUGA